AAUAGCUCAGAAAAUGUGGCGUCAGAUGGGCAUCAAUUAUGUGCGAUACUCACAAAUUGCAGCAUCGGCUACGCGGAAAUGCCUAAAAAAAGGAUUGAAGAAAGGAGCGGAAAAACCGGCGAUAGUAACCGUGAAAAUUACUCCGUGGGAAAACGGGAAGCCGGUGAAGAAAGACUGA